UUUAAGGUGAUAAAUUUGCAUGAAUUAUUCCUGUAUCAAUGCUGUAAACAGUGGAAACCAAAAUAAAAAUGAAUUGGAAAAACACUUAUCCUGAUGUGUGCUGUGUGUGGGGAUACAAAGUCUUCAAUGUGAAAUGUCUUCACAGGAUGGAGAUAGAGCACCUGCAGAGGCUGCGUGAGGCCAACCAGGACCUUCUGCAAAGGCUCAGAAUGAAGCAGGAAGAGAUCAGAAAAAGGCUUCCCAGCAAAGCAUCUCUUGAUAACAGAACAGCUCCUGAAAGCUCUGUCCCCUUGCCCACAAGAAGGAAGACAAAUCCAGCUGGUGCUGUGGAGCCUGCAGCUGACCCUGCAGUGUUGGUGUCUGUGGAACCUGGAGCUUAUGCAGCCAGAGCAGCCCUCUGUUCAUCUCUUAAACACAGCAGCAGUGACAGAGGGGCACAGCAGCAACAAGUGAAGAUGCAGGAAGCAGUAGGUUUGGAUUCCAGCUUUCCUGAGAAAGAGAAUGUUGUGCCAGUGACUGCAGUCAUUACCUGUGAUAGAGAAACCUCUGAAGUGGAGAUGGGUGACCAUGCUCAAGGAAGUCCUGAGAAAGAAUCCUUCCCUCUGGGACAUGGAGAGAACAGAAAACAGUCCACUCUGCUAGGUGGCUUCCAUGAGAAGAAGCAGCCUGAGGGUGGUCUGGCCUCAUCACUGAGCAGCAGCCAAGGUGAAGAAACCAGCAAGCAGCAUGUGGUUGUUAGAGAGCCUUCAGUUCGUAAAUCAUUCUUGCUGACACCUCAGUCCCAAGAGCCAAAGAAGGAAGCUGGUCAUGUCACUUCUGAGUCUGACCCUGAAGAAUACACCAUACCUGUGAGCACCUGGUCCGUGCGUCCUUUCCUGGGCUACGACUGGAUUGCAGGACUCCUAGAUACAAGUCCUUCAGUAGCAGAAAAAUCUGACCAGUACUUUGCUGAGCUGCAAGAGUUCCGACAGCUCAACAGAGAAGAAUGUAUUCAUGAGCAGCACCCAGAGCCGAGGGCUGUGGACCACAUAGAUUCUGAACAAGAACCAGAUGAGAUAACCGGUUCCCAUAAGUGUAAGAUCAUGCUGCCUCCUAAUCUAGUUUCUGUGAACAAACAACUGAGCAGACUUUGGCUGUCAUUCACAAUAGCAAUAGCUAUUGUUCAGCUAUUAUUAAUGGUAGCAAUAACUACCAUGAUGGUGCAUUACUCUGUGGCAGGUGUUUACUGUUACCGGUUAAACCAGCGCCUCUUCCCUGUCCCUGUGGAUUCAGAGUCUGCCUGCCCUGUGUGUAAGAUCCCACGUACUCACUGGCCCCCAGAGAAAUUGGGAGAGCCAGCCUAUGUCAGGGUCAGCAUUCCCAGGUCUACCCUCAUGCCUGCCUACAAACACAAAGCCCAUCGCAGGAAGAGCUUUGAACCAGAAGAUAGUCUAGCGUUACCUUCGCACUGCCUGGCUGGCUGGAAAAAUACCAUCUCUUGCAGCAACCCCAUGCUCAGCAGUCUGGAUCUGCGAGCUUCCCUGGAAGAGAAGCCUCCUCACCAUCCUCGCCUGAACUUGGUGUCAGUGUCAGGAGGAACCAGAACUGACCAGCUUCUGAACCUGACCCGCUUGGCACACUUCAGAUUGAGCAGUGCUUCUCAGCAGAGGGGGAGCAAACCAAACCUGGCCACUAGAGAGCAGCUCCAGAUUUGAACCUGACUGCCUCAGCUCUGUGAACCACUGACUUGAUUGUCCUGGCGACGGGAAACCUGUAUUUGGAUAGAAAUAAAUCUUUGAAUGGAUUUUUAA